CAUCCAGAAGUGAUUGGAGGAGCAGAAAACCCUUCCCCCCUGCACCUGACUUGUGGGUAUUUACAGCACUUUUCAAGGCGCCUCUGCACUGCCACUACACAAGCAGAGUGCAUGGACGGCGCGGGGCAGACAAUGCGAUAGGGACCGAUGUACCAGCAGUGAUAGUGUGCGUGCGUGCUGCACACCAGCCAGGCACCGUUACACGAACCCGAAAGGAGGCUCUGGAAGAAGGAGAAACCCUGCAUUCAAAAUGCCACGCUCCUUCCUGGUCAAGAAGCAUUUCAAUUCAUCCAAGAAGCCAAAUUACAGCGAACUGGACACUCAUACAGUGAUUAUAUCCCCAUACCUGUAUGAAAGCUAUCCAGUCCCUAUCAUACCACAGCCAGAGAUCCUGAGCUCUGUAGCUUACAACCCCAUUACUGUGUGGACUACAACCGGGCUGCUACCAUCUCCACUACCCAAUGACCUCUCUCCACUUUCUGGAUACCCCUCAUCUUUGGGAAGAGUCAGCCCACCUCCACCUUCUGACACCUCCUCCAAAGAUCACAGCGGUUCGGAAAGUCCCAUUAGCGAUGAAGAAGAGAGAAUCCAGUCAAAGCUUUCAGACCCCCAUGCAAUCGAAGCCGAAAAGUUUCAGUGCAGUUUAUGCAACAAGACCUAUUCAACUUUCUCUGGGUUGGCCAAACAUAAGCAGCUGCAUUGUGAUGCCCAGUCUAGGAAAUCGUUCAGCUGCAAGUACUGUGACAAGGAGUAUGUCAGCCUGGGAGCGCUUAAGAUGCACAUCAGGACCCACACACUACCUUGUGUCUGCAAGAUCUGUGGCAAGGCUUUCUCCAGGCCAUGGCUACUUCAAGGACACAUCAGAACCCACACUGGAGAGAAGCCGUUUUCCUGUCCUCACUGCAACAGGGCUUUUGCAGACAGAUCUAAUCUGAGGGCUCAUCUGCAGACCCACUCGGAUGUGAAGAAAUACCAGUGCAAAAAUUGCUCCAAAACUUUCUCCAGAAUGUCUCUUCUGCACAAACACGAAGAAUCUGGCUGCUGUGUAGCACACUGAGUCAUGCAGUCAAUGUUUACCUGGACUCAAUGCAUUUCUCCACUCCUGUUCCAAAUGAUAAGUGGAAAUCCAAAGGCAUUUUCUUUUCUACUUUUCAGCCAAAAAAUAAUAAAAAAAUAAAAUCACCAAAAAAAUAACACAAAAAAAAAAAAAGCAAGCAAAGAAACAAAAUAGUGGGAGAAUUUAGAAUGUCAGUAGAAAUGAGCUUUAAGUAGUUCUGUUCAGUCACACAUUCACAUUCUUAAGUGUGAACUCUGAUAUAUGGGGAAAGACACGAUGCAUGACAUUUCAAGUAGAUCUAAAGGAAAAAGCAUUAUCAGCUUUCUUUAGAGAUGAAGCCAAAUGCAUGUAGUUUUUUCUUGCUCAGAAAAGGCUGCAAAGUUACUAAUACAUUCCUGCCAAGCCAUUUCAACCAAAGAAACAGUGUUUUAAGUGGAACUUUUGAUAAAAAUACUACCCAAGUGAAUUUUGCUAGACACCAUUUAUCUCAGGUGCCUUAAAAAGUAUUCCAAGUUUACCUUAGUAAAUGUUUAAUAUUAUUCAUUGCUGUGUUCUUUUUUUUUUUUUAAUUUUAUUUUAUUAAAAGUCAAGGCCUUCAUUAAUGAUCCAAAAUGCUUUAAAACUGCAUAAUUAAGAGAGGAAAAAGAAAACGUAAGAGAAUGUAAGAAAAAUUGAAAGCCACAAAUUAAUUGCAUGUGCCUUUUUUAAAAAAAUACUGUAGCUUCAAACAUUCCUGGUGCAUGCCUGACCAUCUUUGAAUAUGGAAUAGUUCCUCUAAACUUUAAUCUUUUUUAAAAACGGGAAUAAGUGCAAGAGAGGGGGCUCAUGGGAGUUUGACAAUUAUUUUUUUAAAUGCACAAAGGAAAUGCAAUAUUUUCAGCAUUACCCCUCCAAGUGCCUUUUUUAUUGAUGAUUUUGUAAAGUAUGUGGACAUAAUGUAAAUAUUUUUAUUUUUAUAUGACCAAAUGUGUUAUGAAUGAAAGUGAAUUGUUGCCUAUAGCAGCAUCUAUAGAUAACUUGAAGAAAGUGUGAAGUGAAAUUUAUGGUUUUUUUUCUAGCCACUUUUUUACAAUAAACAUUUUUAAAUAAGA